AUGAGUGUAAGAACAUCCGCUUGUUUGAUUUCUUUGAGUAUCCUUUUAGGAUUCAUUUUGUUCGUCAAAGGUGAACAUUUCUAUUUACCCAAGGAAAAUAAUGAUUUCUCUAAUGAUUUGCAAGACGACUGGGUACCGGUAUCUGGUAUCGAUAAAAGGUCAACUAGACUCAACAAUGGAUUUUCACAGAUAGUGCACAUAACGCCACCCGUCCGGUAUACCAACCGACCACUCAACCCACAACCAGCGGCUUCUAACAAAAUUGAAGUGUUCGCUCAACCACCACCCACUAUAUUAGGUUCUUUUAGUGAAUUCGGUCAUGCAACUAUCGAAGCACGAGAGCCAGCACACACUUUAAAUUUCAGGCCUAGCUACAACUUUGACAGAAAUUACGAAGAGACUAACGACCGUCGUUUUCAACAGAAUGAUUACAAUGAACCAGAAGACCAAAAGCCUCCCGCAAUCGUAGUUUUCAACGCUCAACAACGUCACCCACAAAAUUAUCAAAAACCACCACCACCACAACCACCUCCACAAUUCUACCAAAACUUCCAAUUCCAUAACGUCAACAAUCACCCCAACAAUUACAACAACAACCCCAACAACCCCAACAAUCACAACAACAACAAUAAUAACCAUAAGAGCUUUGGGUUCAAAGAGCCACCAAUCGUACAAGAUCCCCCUAAAAAACUGACACCAUAUUAUGUGCCCAAUGAUCAUAUUUUCCCGAGACCACAGGGUAAUAACAAACAAGUAUACGCGGAACAACGGCCAAAACCUUAUUUAGUAAACCCCACAGAUCCGAUACAACAACAGCCACAGCAAAAUAAGCAACAACAACAACAACAACAACACCACCACUACCACCACCACCAACAACAACAACCACCACAACAACAAAAACAACAACUAAAACAACAGCAGGAACAGCAGCAGCAGUACAAAAUAUCGUCUACAGAAGAUGAACCAUCGGCGUACUUCCAAAAGUAUCCAGGUCACGUCGAAAACCAAAACUUGUAUCCUCAGAUAUCGAAUUUUGCACGACCAUUUGAACAGACAAACGGAGAUCAAAAUGUAUUUAUAAAACCCAAUCAGUAUGUGCACAACCUGAACGUAGGCACAGAAGUGCGGUUCGGCCAGGAACACGGCAGCCUACCGACCCGCCCGGUGACUGUGGACUUGUCGACCGCGUUUACGCACCCAGCGACCAGGCCAUUCAGCAAAUACCAGACACCGACACCCAAAAACGAAGAGCUUUAUCGGAUAUUCCCGGUAAAGGAAGUCAACGCACUGCCUGCAUUUCUGCCUACUCCGGUUACGCUGGGCCACCAGCAACACUCGGACGGACGUCCAAAGGCGUCGUACUUCAAAGACGCCACGGUGGGUGGUUCGUCAGAGUACGACGCUCGCGAGGAACAGGACGAGAACGAGUCCAGCGAGCAGUAUGACAUAUUGAAAAGUCCCACCAAGCCGAUGUUAACCUCGACCUCGACCACGACUACGACCACGACCACGGUAGCUCCCAAGACAACGCGUAAGCGAAAACCAACCACGACGACGACUACCACCACUACCACCGCCGUGCCGGACGACUACGAUGAGUAUGCAGUGCCUAAUCGUCAACAGUUACAGUUACAAGAACACCAACAGGACUACCGACCACGACAGCAAUACCAACAACACCAAGAUUACGAAACGGUGGUUGUACCCACGACUGAGGCGUCGACGACCAACGCGCCAGUCAGAGAAGAACGACCGGUCCAGGUGUCGGUGAACAAGUUUAAGAAAAAGAAACCUUUGCCGUCAUCCAGGCCCAAAGAAUCAUAUUCGGCAGUCGAAUACGAAAACGUGCCUGAACGAGUGACGUUGGCGCCGACCACCACUACCACGACCGCAGCGACCACGACCGCGACGACCACGACCGUAUCCCAGCCGAGUGCCUCCGACGCUGCAGCGGCUGGACGCGCGGGCAAAGAUAAAAUCCAAGACGGAGGACGACGACCACCGCGAGUCUCGCGCCCACGGAUCCGGAAGCCGUUGAACAGCCCGGCAACACGACGGCUCGGAAGACGUACAAGCCGCGGGACCCGGCCCAACCGGUACAAGGCUGGUACAUCGACAACCACUACCACGGACGAACCACAACAACAACAGCAACAGGACACCACCACGGAACGUGCGUACCGGAGCAAGUACAAGCCUGGCAAGUACUACAACAGGCUGAGGACGAGCACCGACUCAGCGGUGGCGGUGGUGGACGAGGGCAGCGAACCGGUGGCCGCCACGGAGCCGACCAGACCGGCUGUGUACUCGGCCAAACGGCGGACGGUGCCGACCAUCAGGACGGCCGCGGUGCAGCCGGCCACGGUCGCAGCGGCCGAAGAGCACAACGGUCUCAGGAGGAGCUCUUCCGUGUCACCCCUCGACGAGAACACUUCUGAGGCGAUGGACGCCGCGUCUUCCGAGGACGUAGAUUACGUCGCAACCACGGUCGCGGUAACUCCGGCGGCACCGAGGCACAAGUACCACACCUCGUAUGCGGCCGACAGACCGCUGUUGCCCAUCGAGUCGUUCUUCCAGUCGUCAAUGGCUAGUAAACGGCACCACAACGAACAGCGAUGA